AUGGGACUACACAAACAAGCCUGUUUCAUCACGGGCUGUUCGAGCGGCUUCGGAGAGCAAUUCGUGCGGCAGCUCCGUGCUCUAGGCGACAAUGUUGUCGCAACCGAUACGGGAGCUACCAUACUCGACCUCGAUGUGACAGCCCCUCAGACGGAUCUCAACGCUAAGUUCCAGCAGGCGAUCGACAUAUAUGGAGGAGUGGAUGUGUUGCCUGGAGCUGCUGCGUAUUGCGCGAGCAAGUUUGCCCUCGAAGGCGCCGUUGAGAGUCUCGCCAAGGAACUUGCCUGGCUCGCCCCCGGAAUCAAGCCCCUCAUCAUCGAAGCAGGAAUCUUCAGCACCAAAGUCAUGAACAAUAUCAACCACGUUCCCCACCGCAUCGAGUUCUGGCGACCGCUGAACGAGGCCUGUCGCAUCCGUGGAGCGGGCAGCUACCGUAACGAGCCGGGGAAUGCAGUCGAGCUGGUCGCCAAGGUCAUUCAGGUUGCUAAGGGGAUCGGAGUCGCGGAAGGAAAGGAUGUCCCAUUGCGGAUGCCCUUGGGGAAGUGA